AUGCCCUUCACCGCCAGCGACAUCUGCAAGAUCAUCCUCGCCAUCUUCCUCCCGCCCGUCGGUGUCUUCCUCGAGCGCGGCUGCGCUGCCGACUUCUGGAUCAACGUCCUCCUCACGAUCCUCGGCUACAUCCCGGGCAUCAUCCACGCGCUCUACAUCAUCCUCAAGUACUGA